UCCGGUGGGCGCCGCGGAGCGAGGGGCCGGUGCGCGGGGCCGGUGCGCGGUGCGGAGCGAAGGGUCCGGUGGUCGCCGCGGAGUCAGGCGGGCGCCGCGGGCGGGAGCGAGCCCGUCAUGGCGGGCGGGCGGCGGGGCGAGGCGGUGCUGCUCGGCGCCGGGCUGGCCGCGCUCCUCGGCGCUCUCUAUGCGCAGGCCGCUUGCCAGGAGGCCGCUGUCACGCAGGAGUUUCUGCAAGAGGGGUUUCACAGGGACCUGCUGGUGAAGGUAGAACUCGGUGCAGUGGGGGAGGGCGCUGGAGGAUGCACAGUGGCAGCCAGAACUCAUCUCCCAUCGGGAAUCUACGUGGACCCUUAUGAGCUGGCAUCGCUGCGGCAGCACAACUUGACAAAGGCGGUGUUAAUUCCUGAUGUCAUUGAUGUGGAGGCUCCUGAGUACUUAGCCACAGAUUUUCUUGUUCUCUUGUACAUGGAACCCGACCCUCAGUGCUCUCACUGUUUUAGAGCCGCCUUGCCAGUGCACGGGCGGUAUCACCGCCCAGCAGAAGAGACCAAGGAAGCGUUGGUUGUUGUGAAGAGCCCAGAAGUACUGGUCUGCUGCUGCGACAGUCGCCUGUCAGCAGAGUGCUGGAAGCCUGCUGAAGUGGAAGCCCCCUGUUCAGGCAAAACCGAUGGCCCCUGUCAGUGGUACAGCAUAACACACAAACCUGCAAAUGAGGAAUUGAUUCUGCAGGUUCCAGUGGGGCUCAGGCAACAUAGUUGGUUGGUGUGUGUCAUGACACUUCUUGCCACGGUGCUCUGUUCCAGUCUGAUUCUUGCAGCUGUGUGCAAAUACGGAGACUUCUCCCUGGAGACCUGCUCAGAAUAAAGAAAUACGGAAUGACUGACCUCCAUCCAGCAAAACUAACUGAAUAUUACAUCAGCUUCCUGAAUGAAUCCUAUUCUACUGCUAUUUAUAUCCGGGGAACGUGCGAGGGUCCUACCAUUAUGUAACAGUUCCCUUGGCCUCAUUCUUACAAACACCUCUCACACACCAUAGGACUGUUUCGGCGCAUUGUUGACAGAUAAAGCGGAUGGAGGGUAGGAACAGCGCUGCAAAAAACUGGAAGGACUGCCACAGUCUCAGCUCUGAUUCCCUCCCCCUGGCCGAGAGCCUGCUUCGACUACAGUGCUGCCUCUCCCCAGAGGUGUUUGUAUUUAAUUUAAACCAACGGACUUAGGGAUUGCUUAUUAAGGGUAUGAAAAACAUUAUCUAGUCAUUAAAGUUUCUGAAUUCUAA